AGAAACCGGAAGCAGAGAGAGAGAGAGAGAAGACCCCAAGAUGGCGUCGCAGUACUACCAGGAGAUGCAGGAGAGCUUCAGGAACAACAACAAGAGCCGAGAGUUCCCGGCGCACACGGCCAAGGUGCACUCCGUGGCGUGGAGCUGCGACGGCCGCAGGCUGGCGUCCGGCUCGUUCGACAAGACGGCGAGCGUGUUCGUGCUGGAGAAGGACCGGCUGGUGAAAGAAAACAACUACAGAGGUCACGGCGACAGUGUCGACCAGCUCUGCUGGCAUCCGACCAACCCGGAUCUGUUCGUCACGGCGUCCGGAGACAAGACCAUCCGCAUAUGGGACGUCCGCACCACCAAGUGUAUCGCCACCGUCAACACGAAAGGAGAGAACAUCAACAUCUGCUGGAGCCCCGACGGACAGACGAUCGCCGUCGGGAACAAGGACGACGUGGUGACGUUCAUCGACGCCAAGACGCACCGCUCCAAGGCGGAGGAGCAGUUCAAGUUCGAGGUGAACGAGAUCUCCUGGAACAACGACAACGACAUGUUCUUCCUCACCAACGGCAACGGCUGCAUCAAUAUCCUGAGUUAUCCAGAGCUGAAGCCGAUCCAGUCCAUCAACGCUCACCCGUCCAACUGCAUCUGCAUCAAGUUCGACCCCACGGGGAAAUACUUCGCAACGGGCAGUGCCGACGCCCUGGUCAGCCUGUGGGACGUGGAGGAACUGGUGUGUGUCCGCUGCUUCUCCAGGCUGGACUGGCCUGUGAGGACUCUGAGCUUCAGCCAUGACGGUAAAAUGUUGGCCUCCGCCUCCGAGGAUCACUUCAUAGACAUCGCCGAGGUGGAAACAGGAGAGAAGCUGUGGGAGGUGCAGUGCGACUCCCCCACCUUCACCGUCGCCUGGCACCCAAAGAGGCCGCUGCUGGCCUACGCCUGCGACGACAAGGAGGGCAAAUACGACAACAACCGCGAGGCGGGCACCGUCAAACUGUUCGGCCUUCCCAACGACUCCUGAGACAGAUCGGCUGGUAAACGCUCUGAGGUAGCAAAGAUGGUAAAGGAAGCGUCACGAGCAGUAACCUCCACCGCCAGCAGGUGGUGCAGCUGCCCUUUAAAACCUCCACCUUCAUUCCGUUUUUACACACAGAUAAAAACACAGCUCCUCCUCUUGUAAUAUAUUGUUCUAAUGUAAAAUAUGUUUUGUCUUUUGAUAUUAAAAUUGCUCUCUUUAUAAAUC